AUGGCUGCCAGCUCAAAGGUUGCCAGCGAGAUUAUGUUUGCCACUGGCAACGCUAACAAGCUGAGAGAGGUUGUGGCCAUCCUAGAAGCAGGACACCCACUGCCAUUCGCAGUCAAAGCAGCAAACCUGGAUCUCCCUGAGCUGCAAGGGGAGCCCACCGAGAUUGCAAAGGAAAAAUGCCGACUGGCAGCGCAGCAGGUGGGAGGAGCAGUGAUGGUGGAAGACACGAGCUUGUGCUUCAAUGCAAUGGGGGGACUGCCAGGCCCCUACAUCAAGUGGUUCCUCCAGAAGUUGGGCCACGAGGGGCUCAAUAAGAUGCUGGCAGGCUUUGAGGACAAGACCGGCUACGCGCAGUGCAUCUUCGCCUACUCGCCUGCAGGUCCCGGCGCAGAGCCACAGGUGUUUGUGGGCAGGACGGGGGGGCGCAUUGUGCCGGCGCGUGGGCCGGCCUCUUUUGGCUGGGACCCAAUCUUCCAGCCAGACGGGUAUGAGGAGACCUACGCCCAACUGGACAAGGCCGUCAAAAACACCAUUUCACACAGGUACCGCGCUCUGGACAAGCUCAGAGACUAUCUUUUGAGUUCUCCGGCAUGA